AUGACCACUGGGACGAGUAUAAAAGAUCGAUGUCGUCUUUGUUAUACACGUCUAAAAGAUAUAUCAUCAUCAUCAGCAUCAUCAUCAUUACAUCAUAAAAUCUGGUGUUCACAUUAUCAUAAUCGUAUUUAUAAUAUAUAUAAACGUCGUCCAUUUCGUUAUCGUGAUUUAAUUGUACGUUAUUUAUCUAUAAAUUUACCUGAAAAUAAUUUUAAUGAUCAUUAUUCAAAUAUUAUUUGUGGUACAUGUGCAACAUCACUUACAAAACUUGAAACAUUAUAUCGUACAUUUGAACAAACACAAAAAAUUCUUCGAUCAAAAUUUCAUAAAACAUCACAAAUAACACGUUAUCAAUUAGAUAAACAAAUAAAAAAUGUAACACAACAAAAAAUUUCUAUGGAACAAAAACUUCUUGAACCAAAACGAUUAUCAAAACGUAAAGGUGCACCUAAACAUAUUGAUCAAACUUUAAAUCAUAAUAAAAAACCAACUACAAGUGGUGUACAAUUAAUUGUUAAAAUUCCAUCAUCUAAUCAUGAUAAUGAAUCUAUUGAAACUCAAAAUCUAUUUUUAUCAUCAUCAUCAUCAUUAAAUAAACGAACAAGUCCAAGACGAAAACAUGAUAUUUUAAAUGAAACAACAAAUCAAAAAAAGAAAUUUAAAUCUUCAACAAAAGAUCAUGAAUUAUCGAAUAUAACAUCAAAUAAUGAAUCUUAUAAUUGUAUUAAUUUACUUAAAUCGAGUAUUUUAACUGAUACAUCAAUAAAUAAUCUUUCUUCACUUAAUUUAACAACACCCGGUUCUAUAUCUUCUUCAAGUCGAUCAUUCAACUCGGUGAAAGGCAAUCAUAUUGAACGUAUUGCCGUCUCUUUAUUAUCCGGAACGGAAACUCUAACUGAUAUUGGCAAUAAUGGUAUUAGUGAUGUUACUUCAGAUCAUAAUACAUCAAAAACACGUGCACAUCGCAAACCAACAUUAUCAGCUGUAGCUGCAUUAGAAGCUACAACAACAAAUAAUAUUUUAUCAUCAUCAAUUCCAACAUCAUAUACAAAUGUUGCAACAAUACUUUCACCAUCAUUAGAUGAACAAGAUGAUGAUGAUGGUCUUUCAACUGGUGAUAUAAGUAAUGAUAGUUCAAAUAUAAGUACAAAUGGUCUUCAACAAAAUCUUAAUAAACAACAAUUAUCAUCAACAAUAUCAACAACACCAACAUCUGAAGGUUUAACAAUAACAGCAAUUAAUCAAACAGGACAAAAACAAGUAUUUAUGGCAAAACAAUUAGGAAAUUUGAAAAAAUAUCAAUGUGGACUUUGUGAAAAAAUUGUUACUAAUAUACAAAUUCAUGUUCGACGACAUACUAAUGAUAAACCAUAUCCAUGUACUUAUUGUGAAAAACGAUUUACUAAUUCUGGAGAUCUUCAAAUUCAUGUUCGAAUUCAUACUGGUGAAAAACCAUAUGCAUGUCCAUUAUGUUUGAAGAGUUAUCGAACAAUAGGUAAUUUUAAUAGUCAUGUUAAAACACAUGAUUCUGGUACACGACCACAUCGUUGUGAAUUAUGUAAUCAAACAUUUCCUAUACCAAAAGAUUGGUAUUCACAUUUACGUUCAAGUCAUCGUUCACGUAUACCAAAUAAUAAUCUUUCAACAACAACAACAACAACUACAACUACAAAUACAAAUUCAUCAUUAAAUUCAACAAAUGCAACAACAACAGUAACACAACCAUUAUUUUCUAAUGCUUUAUCAAGUCAACAACAACAUAAUGAAAUAUUUGUACCAAAUAAAGUUAAAUUAGAACCAAUUAAUCGUUCACAAUUAAUAAUUAAAUCAUCAAAUAUUGAUGAUCAAGAACCAGUGAAUAUGUCAAAAAAAGAAAAUUCAAAUGAUAUUGAUGAAGAUGAAGAAAAUGAUGAUGUUGAUGAAGAUGAAGUAGAAAAUCAUCAUCAAUCAACACAUAAUUUACUUACGAGUGUAUCAUCACCUGUUCAUGCUUAA